AUGCACCGGGCGAGCAGAAUUGCUGCGGCGCCAUUCAAGAGUGUACUGCGCCGCCACAAGCAUCAUCCUGAGGGGCUUCCUCUUUACAAUGAGAUGUCCAAGCAAUGGCUGUGUCGGGAGGGGGAGCGUUGGUGGAUUCUUGACGCCAAGGGUGAGCAACUCCCGCGUGUGGCGGCCGUAGCAGCGCAGUACAUCACGGGCCAACAUCGACCAGACUUCACUCCCGGAAUGAUAUCCGGUGAUCAUGUCAUAAUUGUCAACAUCAAAGACGUGGUUAUGGUAGGAGAUGAGUGGAUACGUGUGCCCAUCACUUGGCAGACGGCCUACCCAGGUGGAAAGUAUCGUAUUCGUCUUACUGACAUGUAUGAGCGGGAUCCUUGCAUGCUGAUGUGGUGGUUCUUAAAAGACGAAGUGAAUCGUCACUUUGUUCGUAAAUUAAAGACACGUGUGGCACCUUUGGAAAAGGCGUGGCUGUAUGAAGACAGCGUGCACCCGCAUGGGGAGAAGAAUCCAAGGCCGCUUUGUUGGUCCGAUCCAGUAGUGAGGGGUUGGAAAUAUACGGAUCCCCAAUUUAUCAGGCGCUGGAAGCCCAACGAAUUUAUCACUUAA